AUGAGAAGCCUGAUGUGUUUGCUGUUCCUGGUGAUCUGCUCUGUGCAGGUGACUUCAAACGCUCCCUCUGCAAUUGAUGCCCAAACUAAUUGCUGUUUAGAGUUCAGUAAUGUGAAGAUUCCUGUGAAACGAGUGGUGUCUUUCUAUUGGACCAGCAGCAGCUGUCCCAGACGUGCUAUUGUAUUUAAGACAAAAGCAGAGAAAGAUUUCUGUGUCAAUCCAGAGACUUCCUGGGUGAGCAGCCAUGUUGAUAUAGUGGACAAAAGAACAACAACUGCUACACGGCCAUAA